AUGUAAUUGUUAUAAUUUUGCAUUUCGUCCCAUGCACUGGGAAGGAUAGAAUUUGUAUUAUAUCUACUACGUUUUGCUGCAUCUGCAUUGAUCUGCAUCCCCAAAUGAAAUUAAAUUUCUGAAUCGAGCGGAUAGGCGUCAAAUUCAUCAAAUAUUUAGCUCGCUUCGCAGCAACUAUAGAGCUCAAGGCAGACAGACACUCCUUUUGAAAAUGUCAAUUUCACUCUCAAAUUUUGCUCCAACGUGCCGGCGGCUUAUUAUUUUUGGCCAACGCCUGAUGACAAACCAGUCGAUAUCAAGGGACUUUUCAUCAACAAACAAAAAUUUUGCUGCAAAGCCUGGUGGAGCUGUGAAUAUUGGCGGACUUGGAAAGGCGUCCAAAAAGAAGUUGGGAAAGUUGGGGCCGGUUGCAGAAAAGACUGUCCUCUCUGUUGAAACAGACACCAAAAAAUUGCGGGACUUUGUUUGUGGAUCAAAUUUGCAGAAGGAGGGCGGUGAGGAAAUUCAGGUGAAGCCAGAUUCGGAAUAUCCAGAUUGGUUGUGGACUAUACGGACAGGAAAAUUUCCAGAACUUAGUGAAAUGGAUCCAGAGAGUAAGGAAUACUGGCUGAAAGUUAGAAGAAUGGGAAGAUGGAACAAUAACAUAUUGAUGAAACGGAAGAGGUUCUAGUCGGUAAAUCAAUGCAUUGUCCUUACUGUGAAUCCGCAAUAAAUUGAGGGAAAGCAACGUAGUUAAAAUGAAAAA